AUGGCAUCGUCUCACGUAAAUACCAAGUGGUUGGUCUCAGUGGCACUAUGGAUGUCUCUGCCGCCAUGGACACUUGCACAAACGAUAGCACCUUCAAAUGGAACUCAGGACCUCUACCCAGCAGCAACCUCGCCCCGGUUCAUCCUCAAUGGCACUCAACUGGGUGAUAUACCAGUGAUUCGAUUGGCGCCACUGGGCCACUAUGCCGAAAUCUCGCACGGUGCUUUCGAGCAGAUCCGCGUGGAGGGACAGAUUGUCAACGUUGGCGCCAGUAAUGCCAACCAGGUUGCCGAGGUGAACCAGUUCUCAUACCUCUCUUGCGAUCCAGAGGCAUACACCGGCAAUCUGGGUCCGAGCGACGUUUUCCGGAUUGUGGUCAACUCCCCGAGGACCAAUAUCAUCAUCCUUUACAGUGUGACAAGUGAUCAUUGUGUAGCCACGGAUAUAGACAACCUGCCGACCAUUGGCGGAAUCUUAACCACAACUGACACCAUGCUAGCAAGCAGUUUGGCGGCUCUCAAUCUCAACCAAAACAGUCCAGGGUCGGCAACCAUUCUCCCAGACCUAAAUUCCUACACUAACACGUCGCGCAACGGGGGGUGGAAUGGAGGCGGUGCCCUCGGCCAGUCACCAACGACAGCAGUGGCUAUGAUCAUCCUGUACUCAAUCACCGGUAUCAUCACCGCUCUCUUCGUCGUCAUUAUUGUCACUGGAGCCAUUCGAGCCCACAGGCACCCCGAGCGUUAUGGCCCGAGAAACAUUCUCGGCCGAGGCCGCCAAAGUCGCGCCAAAGGCAUCGCCCGUGCGAUGUUGGAGACACUGCCAAUUGUCAAAUUCGGGGACCAUCAAGAUCUGCCUAAGAAGUCGGUAGACGGCCAGGAUAUAGAAAUGACUGCCGGGGAGCCCGCGAAAGCCGCCGACUCCAACGGUGACGUCCCGGCUACAGGCGCAGGUGCAGCGGGUGCCGAUCCAGCCGAGUCAAUAAAAGAAGGCUCAGAAUCCGCACCGCCGACUGUAACCCCGGCCAAUAAUCCCGAUGGCACAGAUGCUGAAGGCCACCUAGGCUGCUCGAUAUGCACCGAGGACUUCCAGAAAGGAGAGGAGCUACGUGUCUUGCCCUGCAACCACAAAUUCCACCCCGACUGCGUUGACCCCUGGCUUCUAAAUGUCAGCGGUACUUGUCCGUUGUGCCGAAUCGACCUGAGGCCAUCGACCGCCAACGGUGAAGAUCCGACUUCGAUGUCGCGAAGAGGCUCUUCAGCCGCCGGAGCCGAACAAGAAGGCCAAUUAUCGCCCCCGCCCCUAACAGAGGGCGUGGCUGUAGCUGUCGCCGGGCAGCCGAGUCACGGCGGCCGCAGAGAAACUGUAGCAAACUUUUCCCUCCGCCAUCUUGCUUCCGGGACUAGAGAAGAGCGCAUUGCGGCCCUCAGGCGCCUGAGGCAAGAACGACUGGGCUCUGCCUCCAACAAUGCUUCAGAAGCCGAGCGACACGGCCUCACGAGCAGGUUCCGAGAGAGAUUUAGGAUCAGGACCGAGAGGAGAGACGCAGGAGCUGGAGAUUCUCCUCCGCGGCGCAGGUCGGGAGCAAACGUCCCUUCCACGUUCUUUGGAUGA